GGAAAACCGUCGGACGGUCCAGCAUUAUUAUUGUAGCGUUCAUCUUGGAAAAUGCCGGAAAUCUGGAAGAAGCUGAAUACAAGUAGUUCAGGUAACUAAUGAUAUAUGUGCUUUAUUAUUAUCCCGCAUCUACCUCAAACCCAAUUUUUUCUUCCUCAGCCAAGAAUUCUCCACCAAACUUCAAAAGUCAUGCAGCCAAGACCACCACCCCUCAUCAACCGCAUCAUCAGCACGCCAGAAGAAGCUCAUUGAGUUAAUUAACUGAUUGAAUCAUUCAUCUGACGCUGUUGUUACACCACCAUGUUCGCUGCACGAAGAUCCUUGGGGUAUCCAACUGGAAUCAUUCUCCGACAAAUCCAACUCAGGGGUAUCCACUUGAUGAUUGCGCCAAAAUCAAACUCGAGACAACUGACGAGUGCGGCACUUUCAAUAGGCAAUGGCGUCCGAAUAGAUCGACAAUCCACUACUACUAAUAGCACUAUAAAUCAACAAUCCCGAUGGUUGGCACGCACAUCGGAAAUGGCACCCGAUUCUCCCGCUUUGAAAGCCAAGAAUUUUAUCAUGCAAGUCGGCUACGACGACCCCAAGGUCGCCGAGGGCGUCAUUGAAGCACUCCAACAAUCGGGUGUCACUGGAACAGCUCUGCUAUCGACCGUUCGCAGCAUGGCCGGACGCUGGGAAGUGGGGGAAGAUGCCGGAUUGGAAGCCCUCGUCGAAGCCGUCAAAUUGCAGCUGGUACGGAAAGAAGGUCGUACACCCAUUACCAUUUACUGCAUCCCGGCCAAUGCUUGGAAAUCCAGUGAAGAGGAUCAAGACGAUUUCUCCCCAAUAGAAGAAACACCCCAAAAUUUUCAAGAUGCUUUUUCCAGAGCAUUUAAAGUCGAAGCCAUGACGGGAUUGACAUUGACGGAUGUGGCCAAAUUCGGAGAUGGCGAUGGCGCUUCCGAACUCGGUGAUUGUUUGGAAUGUGCCUGUGCGGGCAUCAUGGCAUGUUCCACCUGUCAUGUCGUCAUUGAUCCACAAUGGUUUGACAAAGUCGGAGAAGCCUGUGAGGAUGAGCAAGAUAUGCUCGAUUUGGCAUAUGCACCCAGGAGUACCAGCCGAUUGGGAUGCCAAAUCCUGCUAGACGAAAACAUGGAUGGCAUGAUCAUUCGGUUGCCCAGAGGAUCCAAUAAUUUAAUGGACGAUAUUCCCUUUGAAGGAUGAAUAAAUACUAAUAAGGGAGAUAUGAUGUACCACGAGUAAGCAAUAAUUCUUGCCCUGCCCUGGAAAGUAUUUCUGUAUCAGACUCGACUCGACUCGACUCAUCAUCAUCAUUGUUGUCUUUGAUAUGAGCAAGGAGCUGAAAGCUGCGGAUGACGCAAGAGAUACGUACUAUCCCAGCAUUGUAGUUUUGCUGUUCCUUGUUACC